AUGGUGGCGCCCGUGUCGCCCUUGGUUACUGCGCGCUGCCUGUUGCGGGCUUCGGUGCGCCGCGCCGCUCGCCUGCUCCCGGCGCGGCCCGCCGGCCCGCAGAGAGCAUACACAGCUCAAGCAGAUGAGAAGACAGUCCUCAGCACUCUUACAGAUGCUAAUGCCAGAGCCUUAUUGGUUUGCAGUGGACCUUUAGAACAUUAUGACUUUCUGAUUAAGGAAGAAGAGCUGAGAAAUGAUGAUCAGCAAAGAAGAGUUGUGCAGCACCUGCAGAAGUUGCAUGAGAACCUUAAAGGCUACAGCAUCAGUUCAAAAAGCCUUCUGUCAAAGCUCUUUGCAAAAAACAAAACCCCAAAAGGUCUUUAUGUCUAUGGAGAUGUUGGCACGGGAAAGACAAUGGUGAUGGACAUGUUCUAUUCUCACUUAGAAGUAGAAAAGAAAAAGAGGGUCCAUUUUCAUGGCUUCAUGCUAGAUGUGCACCAGAGAAUACAUCGCCUUAAACAGAGCUUGCCAAAAAGAAAGGCAGGGUUUAUGGCCAAAUCAUAUGACCCAAUUGCACCAGUAGCAGAAGAAAUAAGUGAAGAGGCUGCUCUCUUAUGUUUUGAUGAAUUUCAGGUCACUGACAUUGCUGAUGCCAUGAUUCUGAAGCAACUUUUUGAAAAUCUCUUCCAAAAUGGGGUGGUUGUUGUGGCAACAUCUAACAGGCCGCCAGAAGAUCUCUAUAAAAAUGGUCUUCAGAGAGCUAAUUUUGUACCAUUCAUUGCUGUGCUGAAGAAAUACUGCAGCACAGUCCGGCUCGAUUCUGGAAUAGACUACAGGAAACGAGUGCUUCCUGCUGCUGGAAAACUUUACUACCUCACAAGUGAAGCUGAUGUGGAGGCUGUCAUGGAUAAGUUGUUUGAUGAGCUGGCUCAGAAACAAAAUGAUUUAACUAGACCAAGGAUUCUAAAAGUGCAAGGCAGAGAGCUGAGGCUGAAUAAAGCGUGUGGAACCAUUGCAGACUUCACAUUUGAAGAGCUGUGCGACAGACCUCUUGGGGCCAGUGACUAUUUGGAGAUAUCAAAGUGCUUUGACACAGUCUUUGUUCGCGACAUACCACUUCUUACAAUGGCAAAAAGGACACAAGCUCGUCGUUUCAUUACUCUUAUUGAUACCUUUUAUGAGCAUAAGGUGCGUAUCAUUUGUUCUGCAGCGACUCCUCUCCAGAGCUUGUUCCUGGUGGAACAUGACAGCGGUGGGCUAGAGGAAGGCAGAGUGUUGAUGGAUGAUUUGGACUUGAGCCAGGAUUCCGCUCAAGGACUCUCCAUGUUUACAGGAGAAGAGGAAAUCUUUGCCUUUCAGCGUACUGUCUCACGGCUUACAGAAAUGCAAACUGAACAGUACUGGAAAGAUGGAGACAGAAGCAGAGUUUAAAUUAAAUAAAAUCUCUAAAAAAAUUAAACUACAAAAUGAAAGCUUUUUAGCACAACUGAAAUAAUAAUUGCACUUUAUCACAUGGACCAUGGUAUUUUUCGUCAGUUGUUUUUUGUGCUUGAGACACGAGGACGCAGUUAUUUUUUCUAUACCAUCAGUGUGUGAACAUGUGGAAUUUUGCCUUUCUUUUCGUUUCUGUAAAAUCUAACUUUCAUGUUUAGGAAAUUUAAUGGGAUUAGAGUUUUUCUGGAGACAAAGUUAAUGGGCCGUGCAGGGUUUACAGUAGAUUUACCAUGUCACAUGAAGAGGACAAUUUGUGGCUCAUGCACUGCUUCUGCCAUGUACAAUUGCACGAAAGAAAAGUCAAACAUUGUCUUUAUGAAACUUCUGUUAUUUAAUAGGUCCCUGGAGCUUCUCUGUUGUGUAUUCUGGGUUAGGUUUUUUCUUUCUAUUUUCUGUGUAUAGCCAUCUGCUGAUUUUUCAGAUUCUAAGACUUUCUUGUAGAUUGUUUCUCAGUCAGGUUCAUUGAAAACUAACAGUUUGAACCAAGAGAGAACCCUGAGGAGGAGCUCGAGGCCGCACAGGAUUAAUAUCUCAAGUAAUCGUGUCUGGAAGAAGCUGUGAUAAGACAAGGCUUCAUCUGUACCAAACCUUCCAUUGCUGCCAGCACACCUGCCCUGAUCUGAUCUGGGGAGAGUAGCAUACAGUGCUACUGGGGCAAUUCGUCAUCGUUACACAUCAUCUACUUCCCAAGGUUUACGUCCGACUAGCUCAAGAACAUCUCAUCUCACUAGCUCCUCUGCACUAGAAGUUUUUACCAGGUCUUGCUGUUAUACAAAAAGAAUCUUAUUGACAGAAACAGCUAUAGAUUUUUUCAAGCACUGCAAAAUACAUGGAAUUAUUACUAACAAUAUACAAACUACUAAAUUACAUUGAGAGGAAUAGACCAUUUCCGAAAGACACGAACCACAGCCGACAAUUCUGUUAUUUGAGGAGAACUCUGUACAGUUUCUACAUCAGAGUCCCAACGUCCAGACUUAUCAUCCCACCAAAGAAUAACAGACUUGUGGGUUUUUCCCGAUCCAUCUGUAAAAACAGU